UUUACUGGCUUUGGGGGAGUCAGACGCGGUCAAUGCCUACUUCAUCGUCUGCGUGUCUACAAUAUAAAUCAGAACAGGCGCUGGGGUUCACUCCGAAGCUCCAAUUCAUUCUCCGCUAGUUUCAACCGGAAAAAAGAAAGAAAAAUCAACCAAAAAAGUGCAAAAUUUCCGUGUAAAGAUGAGCAUAGUGCCGAAAGAGACAAUAGAAGUGAUAGCGCAGAGCAUCGGAAUCAGCAAUUUGUCCCCGGAAGUGUCGCCGGAACUUGCAGCCGAUGUCGAAUACCGUCUCCGAGAAAUAAUGCAGGAAUCCAUAAAAUGCACGAGACAUUCGAAGAGGACAAUCUUAACUGCCGAGGAUGUGGAUGCAGCGCUCAGCAUACGAAAUGUUGAGCCAAUAUAUGGAUUUGCAUCUGGAGAUCCUAUGCGGUUCAAAAGAGCUGUGGGGCAUAAGGAUUUGUUCUACAUUGAAGAGAAGGAUUUAGACUUCAAGGAUGUGAUUGAAGCUCCUCUACCAAAAGCUCCAUUAGAUACUGCAUUAGUAUCUCAUUGGUUAUCUGUUGAAGGAGUGCAGCCUUCUAUUCCUGAAAAUCCUCCUCAUGAAGCACUAGCAGCACCACAAGAUAAUAGAAUGAUGGACUAUAAAGAAGAUGGAGGUUCAGUUGACCUCAAGUUACCUGUAAAGCAUGUACUAUCCCGUGAACUUCAGUUAUACUAUGAAAAAAUUACGGAUUUGGUAGUGAAUAGAUCUAACUCUGUACUCUUGAAAGAAGCACUUGUGAGUUUGGCAACAGAUUCUGGGCUUCAUCCUUUGGUUCCUUACUUCACAUUUUUUAUUGCUGAUGAGGUCUCAAGGAACUUGAAUAACUUCCCUCUUUUGUAUGCUUUGAUGCGUCUUGUUUGGAGCCUUCUUCAGAAUCCUCACAUUCAUAUUGAACCUUAUCUGCACCAAUUGAUGCCCUCUGUAAUGACUUGCCUUGUUGCAAAAAGAUUGGGCAAUAAACUCUCAGACAAUCACUGGGAACUUAGAGACUUCACAGCCAAGUUGAUUGCUUUGGUAUGCAAAAGGUUUGGUCAUGUGUAUCAUAAUCUCCAGUCGCGUGUCACAAGGACUUUGGUGCAUGCAUUUCUGGAUCCAACAAAGGCUCUGCCUCAGCAUUAUGGUGCGGUACAAGGGCUAGCUGCCCUUGGCCCUAGUGUGGUUCGGCUGCUUUUGCUGCCAAACCUUGAGCCUUAUAUGCAACUGUUGGAGCCAGAAAUGCAACUAGAAAAACAAAAGAAUGAGAUGAAGAGGCAUGAAGCAUGGCGAGUGUAUGGUGCCCUGGCGUGUGCAACUGGUUUAUGUAUUUAUGAUCGGCUUAAGACUCUGCGCACUUUACUGCCCUCACCAGCGUGUGCUGUUCUGAAGAGUAGGAUGAAAGUCGCUUCAAUAUCAAAUAAAAGUAAAAUGAGCAUGGACAACACAGUGCAGCAGCCCCCACUCAAGAAGUUGGUGACCGACGGGCCAUCUGGUGCAGUGCCUGCAAAGUCGUUGCCUGGAGGAACACAAGGCACUACUGGGGGAUAUGCUGCUGCCAGUUUCCCAUCUACUUUGCCGAGUGAGAAUUUGCGAAUGGGUAGUAGACGGGAUAUGGUUGGUGGUCAAGCCUCAAAAGCGGCAGCUGCCCUUGAUCGGGCGUCGAAAGGGGAUGUGGAUGUUGCACAUUUGAUACCUAUGAUGUAUGAACAUUUUGGUGAAAGUGUGAUAUCCUUCACCCUUGCACCUGAGUUGUCAAUCUUCCUAUGAUCCCUAGAGUCCUAGAGACUAAUUUAACAGGAAUGCCCACAUUUGGUGGGGCAUCUAGUUGCUAGCAGUCCUUGUACAUAAUGCAGUGUAAUUUACAAAUCAACCCUCCGUUAGACAAUCCCUAGUUUGAAUUAUUCUUUUUAAUGUAUCAUUGUAUUAUUUUAAUAGAAAAAAAUUUGACAGCAA